UGGUCACAGAAUAUGGUGUAACGCCGGACUCCUUAGAACCCCACAGUGUCCACAUCGAUCGAUAGGCACUCGAUUAGCUUUGACUCGAGCUUUGAGAAAUAGAUCCUUCCUAAACCUCCAUUCUGGGUUUUAUGUAUCUUCAAAACUUCAUAAAAUGGAUUGUUUAGCAUCUUUUGCAAAUGACCCCUUUGAUAAACCACCCUGCAGAGGCUGCUCUUCAUAUCUGACUGAGCCAUACAUAAAAUGUGCAGAAUGUGGACCUGCACCUUUCCUACUCUGCCUCCAGUGUUUCACUCGGGGAUUUGAGUACAAAAAACAUGAGAGUGAUCACAAAUAUGAAAUCAUGACAUCAGACUUUCCUGUGCUGGAGCCGGGGUGGACAGCGCAGGAGGAGAUGGCGCUGCUGGAAGCUGUUAUGGACUGUGGUUUUGGGAACUGGCAGGAUGUAGCAUAUCAGAUGCGCACGAAAACCAAAGAAGAAUGCGAGAGCCACUACAUGAAGAAUUUCAUCAAUAACCCGCUCUUCUCCUCCACCUUGCUCAGCCUGCGGAAAACAAAAGACUCCCGUUUUGCAGAUGGAGCUAUUCCCUUCAAAUCCUCUGAUGAUCCCCCUCGGCCAACAUUUGAGUCUGUGCUGUCUCGAGACAUGGCAGGUUACAUGCCAGCCAGAGCAGACUUCAUGGAGGAGUUUGACAACUACGCAGAAUGGGAUCUGAAAGACAUUGACUUUGUGGACGAUGACUCAGAUAUACUGCACACUCUGAAGCUUGCAGUCGUUGAUAUAUAUCAUUCAAGAUUAAAAGAAAGACAAAGAAGGAAGAAGAUCAUCCGAGACCACGGUUUGAUCAACCUGCGCAAGUUCCAGAUGCUGGAGCGAUGCUACCCGAAGGAGGUGCAGGAGCUGUAUGAUGUUAUGAGAAGGUUUGCCAGAGUGGUUGGACCAACCGAACAUGACAAAUUCAUCGAAAGUCAUGCACUUGAGUUUGAGCUGAGGAGAGAGAUCCGCAGGCUGCAGGAAUACAGGAAAGCAGGAAUCAAGUCCUUCUGCAGUGCGAAGGUGUACGAGAGGGUGAAGAGGAUUCGCGAGGAUGAGCGGAGGAAGAGGACCAUGUUGAAUGAUGUUCUGCAGUACAUUCAGGACGGCAGAGCAUGUCAGCAGUGGCUCAGCAAACAGGCUGCGAUAGAUGCUGGCGUCACUCCAGCUGUCACAACAAUCACAGUGUCAGCAACAGGCAGGCGGAGCGCCCCUCCUCUCAACCUGACUGGACUUCCAGGGACAGAGAAGCUCAACGAGCGUGAGAAGGAGUUGUGUCAGGUGGUGCGACUCGUGCCGGGGGCCUACCUGGAGUACAAGCAGGCUUUGCUCAACGAGUGCAGGCGGCAGGGCGGGCUGCGUCUGGCGCAGGCGCGAGCUCUGAUCAAGAUCGACGUCAACAAGACACGGAAAAUAUACGAUUUCCUCAUUAAAGAGGGAUACAUCACCAAGGCUUAGGAGGUCAAAGGAGGCUGGACUGCGGCCAGAGGUUCAUUUAACUGUAAUCCCGCUCACGCUGACAGUAUUUUUCUAGUAUUAUGUUGUUGUGGUUGUCAGUUUUUACAUAUAAUAAAAUUGUUUGUGGUGUU